CCAAAAGAAAAAUAUAAAUAAAGGAAGAUGAGUGAAAAUUACAAAUUGUUCUGUUACAAUUUGAUUAAUCCCGUGCAAUUCAAGAACAUGGAGCAGCCACGUCUAUCAAAACCCGUAGCUCUGCAGUGAUCAAUAUGGAUAAACACGACCCAUUCAAUCAUCCACUGGCUUGUAUAAAUAUAAAUGAAAGGAUGAGAAAAGCCCCAAUAUAUCCAUCUCCAUCUUCCACAAUGGACUCGAGCAACCAAGAUGUAGCCCGUGAGCUCCCAGGCAUUGUCCGACUCUACAAAGACGGCCAUGUCGAAAGACUCCGCGACACAGACUACGUCCCUCCAUCAUCCAAUCUUUUGCCUGGUCUCUCUUCCAAAGAUGUUGCUACAACUCUUGGACCCGACAUUAACAUCUCUGCUCGCCUUUACCUCCCUAAACUCAAUCACCCUAAACAGAAGUUCCCUCUCCUUGUCUUCUUCCACGGCGGUGCCUUCUGCAUCUCUUCCCCAUUCACUGUCAAGUACCAUAGCUAUCUGACCAAACUAGUAGCUGAGGCUAAUGUUGUCGCUGUUUCUGUUAACUAUAGGAAAGCUCCUGAGCAUCCCAUUCCUGUUGCUUAUGAAGAUUCAUGGGCUGCACUUAAUUGGAUAGUUUCUCAUUGUGAUAGUAAUGGACCUGAGCCUUGGUUAAAUGACCAUGCAGAUUUUGGAAGAAUGUUUUUGGCUGGGGAAAGCGCCGGCGCCAACAUUGCUCAUAACAUGGCCAUAGCUGCUGGGGAUUCUGAGUCUGGCCUUGGUAUUGGGCUUCUUGGGAUUGCUUUGGUCCACCCAUAUUUUUGGGGUUCCGAUCCGAUUGGGUCGGAGGGAAUUGAUCCGGAAAGUAAAGCAUCAGUGGACAGAUUAUGGCCUUUUAUUUGUCCGUCCAACCCAGAUAAUGAUGACCCGCGGGUCAAUCCAGUGGCGAAUGAUGGGCCGAGCCUAGUUGGUCUAGGGUGUAAGAGGGUAUUAGUGAGUGUGGCUGAGAAAGAUGUGUUGAAAGAGAGAGGGUGGCUGUAUUACCAGGCACUGAGUAGGAGUGGAUGGAUGGGUGUGGUUGAGAUUGAUGAGACAGAAGGAGAGGGCCAUGGCUUCCAUCUGUAUGAUCUGGAAUGUGACAAAGCGAAGGAUUUGAUCAAAGGCUUGGCUGCUUUCUUCAACAGAGAUAUGCCUUUCCUUUGAUAGGAUAAUGUUAGCCCCAGAAAAUCCGCUUCCUGCUGCUUAUGGGGACUCCGGGACUGCCCUUCAGUGGGUAGGAAGUGGCGGACGCGGCGAGCCGUGGCUCGAGGAUUAUGCAGAUUUUGGACGGUUGUUUUUAGCUG